UAACUUUGUCAUUGUAUGGAAGCAUCAUCCUAACUGCGAGGGUAGCAAUGAAUUCUCAUAUCAAGGACAAUCAUCACCAACACCUCCUUUUCCUGAAGAACAUGAGAUGAGAAAGAGCGGUGAGAAUCUGGAUGAAAAUUUGAUAAGAGUGCACAAACAAAUGACUCAAAACAAGACUCCAAGCCAUAUGUCCUCAAAGAAGAGAUGUCGUCCUUCGGAAGAGAUUCGUAAUGCAGUAAUUUUGAAAUCUUCAAUAUAUCCAAAUAAAAGGCGCGUGGCAUAUGCAACUAUUUUGGACAGUAAUUCAAAAACAUUGGUUGGUGGUGUUGAGCUGGGCCGACAAUUUACACAUGUGCAAAUUGAUGAACCUAUUGGCGAAGAUGAGCGCUUGGUAAGAGAAAGGGAGAAGUGUGUGACAAUCGGUGAUGCUUUUUCCUCUAGAGUAACAAUUGCUUGGCCUUCAGCAUGUAUUGAGAAGUUCAGUGGUUGACUUGAGAGUUGAUAUUGAAGCUUUGUCUAACGAUGGAGUGAAGAUGGAAAAUAUGUAGGAUUG